GGCCAAGCGGGACUGGGAAAGAGGGCGCUGCUGUUAACUACCACAUCUUGUCAGCAGCUAGUGUUGAGUAACGCUAGCCGUCGGAACGGCACUAGUUCUAGGAGUACGACAACGGAAAUACACGGGCGUAUAACAGCUGGAAAGGAAGCAAGCAAGCAAGCUGCUGCAGCAAGCCGGUGGGGACUCGCCUUCAGUAACACUACACUCUCCAUUGGAUCUCUGACCCAGAGAAGACUUGCACAAGCAGCAGUGAUGCCUUUCCCUUUUGGCAAGUCCCACAAGUCCCCUGCUGACAUAGUGAAAAACCUAAAGGAGAGUAUGGCAGUUUUAGAGAAACAAGACAUCUCUGACAAAAAGGCAGAAAAGUCCAGACUAGUCUUUCAUCACUGCCAGAGCUCCCCUGGUUUUCCAAACACUUUCCCAGGCCUACUGAAAACGAAGCACCAUUUCUCUCCAACUGUGUCCUCUGAUGAUGACCUCCAACUUGGGGACAGAAUCAAGGAUUCAAGGAAAAUGUGGUCCAGAAGACGCUCCCUUGAACAUGGAAAGGAUAAGAUGACUGUGCUAUCAGCAACUGAAGAAGUUUCAAAGAACUUGGUUGCAAUGAAGGAAAUUUUGUAUGGAACAAAUGAGAAAGAGCCCCAGACAGAAGCAGUGGCCCAGCUGGCUCAGGAACUGUACAACAGUGGACUACUUAGUACGCUAAUAGCAGACUUGCAGCUUAUUGACUUUGAGAAAAAAUUGGAUCUGUGCUACUGUUUUAAUGGGAUACUUCCAACUCAGUUGAGGCAGAGGAAUCCAACAACUUCUUACAAGUGCAGCCACCAAGAUUCACUUUUUAUACUCCUAAAAAGAUAUCAAACUUUUCAAGUGGCUUUAAACUGCCAGAUGAUGCUCAGGGAUUUUCUUUUACUACCUCAGCACAGGCCUCUAGCCAAAAUGUUAUUAAAUUCUGAAUACGUGAAAGAUUUAUAUUCCUACUACAGGGUUUCCACAUUUUCUGUGUUUAUGUUUUUUUUUUUUCCUUUUAAGGAUCUUCUUACGAGGCACAAGCUUCUAAGUGCAGAAUUUUUGGAACAACAUUAUGACAGAUUUUUUAGUGAAUAUGAAAAACUACUUCAUUCAGAGAACUAUGUUACAAAACGGCAGUCACUGAAGCUACUAGGAGAACUACUUUUGGAUAGGCACAACUUCACAAUUAUGACAAAAUAUAUCAGUAAACCAGAGAACUUGAAGUUAAUGAUGAAUCUUCUGAGAGAUAAGAGUCGCAACAUUCAGUUUGAGGCUUUUCACGUUUUCAAGGUGUUUGUAGCAAACCCCAACAAAACUCAGCCAAUUCUGGAUAUUCUUUUGAAGAACCAGACCAAACUUAUUGAGUUUCUCAGCAAGUUUCAGAAUGACAGGACCGAAGAUGAACAGUUUAAUGAUGAGAAGACCUACUUGGUUAAACAGAUCAGGGAUUUGAAGAAGCCAGCACAACAAGAAGCUUAACACACCAGUUUACAAAGAGGAGGAAACAGUUCAGUUACUGCUGUUAGAUAUUAAACAUCAAGCACCCUGAUCAGUUCAUGAGGAACAUUACUGCUAAUCUGCUGUUCAGUGAACGGUUAUUUUUUCUUAUUUUUUUUUCUCUUAGUCUGAAAUGGAAAAAAACUUAGCUGCUGCUUUCUUGCACAUUAGAGCACAAUGUGAACUAUUUUUGUGUCAUUUCAGCAAUGCAACGACACUGCUUUUAUGAGCUCAAAAAAAGAGGGGAUGCGUAGUUUAAUGAUGAAAGCAAGUGUAGAUAGCAGUCAAGUCAAGGUCGGACGUCAGUUGAGCCAACAGUUUGCAUGCCUUCAGAAGCUGGCAUUUAACUCCAUGUUUGCUCCUGCCUUGUUCGAGAUGGUCCCAGCCUGUAACUACACUGAUCUUAAAUGUUGAGGCACCGUAGCAUAAGUUAUAUGCUUUAAUUUUUCAUGUCAGAGUGGUUGUGCAGCACUCUUGUAUCAACAAGAGUCAAGAACAUCUUUCAGAAAAAGUUGUCUUCAAAAAGUAACAUUCGUCACCAGGUAAUCUUCAGUAAGGGAUGUUGUAAAGGAUGGUGCAAAAAUGUAUAUACUUAACGCCUUUCAUUGCUUUAGAGGUUUUUCUUUAAUGAUUUGAUUUCUGAAACUUGAGAAAUGUAAACAUAACAUUUGUUUUAAGGAGUUUUGUUAAUUUUAAUUGAAAUGUUUCAUGCAGUAGUGAAAGCGCUUGAGUACAGUUUCAUUACAGAUGUUGGUUUCCUUUGUAUAUAAUUAUUAGAUCACUUGUUUCUUCUAUUAAAAGAUGUAAUUUGUACAGCAGAGGAAUGUAAUUGUAUUAGUCUGUAACUAUUUACCUAAUCCUUAUAUUGAGUUUUUUGCAAAUGAAUGCGCGUAUGCAGUUAUUCAGAUCACUUGGAAAUGCUGGUGUACUUUUUAACAAAUAGCAUUAAAGGACAAGAAAAUAUCUUCAUAGUUAUCCCAAAUAGUGUGACAAAUCCAGUUUGGUUGAAAUGUAGAACUGGAACCAGUAAACUGGAUUUUUGUAGGCUAGCAUAAGAAGCUUCCCCACUUUUAUUUUCUGGUCAUUGUGUUUAGCUGAGUCCAUUAGAGUAAGCAAGCAUCUUCUCUUGUCUUACUGAAAGACAAGUAAGGCUGUUGUGAAAUUCAGACUGCUCAAAACUAAAAUUAAUCUGGUGGUAUACAUGCUUACUAUUGAGCAUUGUGCUCUAGUCUACAUUAGGCAUAACAUUUUCGUACUGCUCUGUCGGGUUUAAAAUUAAUAUAUGAACACAGAAUUGAAUUCAGACAUGGUCUGAUAAAUGCCUGAAAGGGGCUACAGCUUAAUUAUUGAAUUUGUGGAAAUCACAGCACUUCAAGACAAUUGUACCUUUGUAUAAGAACUUUACAGAUGCCAUAAUAUGUUUCUGAACCCUAUUACUGUGCAUAUACAGUAAACUUUGCACGUGUACAGUAAACAAUUUUGAUUAAAGUCUUUAAUAUUGUGGUGUUUGAUUCAUUUGUAAAAUUAAUACAACAUUGCAAUUUGCUGUAUAGCAUUGCUAACCAAUUGCCAUCCAUUGUGUAGUGAUGGGGGGUAUGCAAAAUAGUAUUUAAGUACAGUUCUGUUUGUUUUUAUCAGUAUUUUAAACCUGACAAAAUGGCGUAGAAUCAGUUUCUGUUUUCUAAGGGACACUGAGCUGCCAUUUUGUAAGUAAGCUUGUAAUUUACAUUACUACUUCUCAGUUUGUCACAGCUUGGAUUUUGUUUGUUUUGUCCCUUUAAUUGUUAUUGUCCCCUAAUCUUUUAGGGAAACCUCUAGAGUGUUCUAAGCACAUCAGAUUAAAAAGAGUCAUGGAGCAGAGUCCAGUACAUUUGUUUUCCUAAUGUUUUCGUAUAUCGAAAAUGAACAUUGUAAGCAUAUGUUGUAAUUUUUAAAAGUUCAUUUUUGGAGUUUAAUCAGUAUAUUUUUAAAAGGUAAUUUCUUAUUAGCAUGUCUUCAUUUUUGUAUUUAAUCAUGGAUUAAUUAACCUGAAGUGUAAAUAAUUUUAUUGCAGUUAAUCAGCUGUGUAAAAUUUCUUGCACAUAUGAAUUGCUUUUGCUGUUUCUGUCUCUCACCAUCUUCACCUUAAAGACUUCAGUUUAACACUGACAUGACGAUGAGUGUGACAUCUUAAAGUAGAUAAAACAUAUCUGGAAAAAAAUUCUCUAGUUGCUUAUUUGCCCUUUCUGGGGAAACAAGGACAGCAGAAUUCUUCUUUUUACCCACAUAGCAAGGAACAUUUUCAUAUGAUUUGUGGUUGAACCUAAUUGCCAAAAACUGCAAUACUUUGUUCUGGUUCCAUUUGUUUGUGUGGCUUAAGUAACAACAGUAAUGAGCAUUAUACACCUGCAAUGUGUACUUUAGAUGGCAAAGCACUUUUAGAAUAAGCAUGUUGCACUUAAAUUCUUUUGUUGUGUUUAAGUUGCAGCAAGAACCUGUAGUUAACUGCUCUGGUGUCUUUCAUAAAAUGUAAUACUGUUUUUUUGUUGUUGCUUUCUCACUGUAGUACCUUUAUUGUAACCUGUGGCUUUAGCACUUGAAAAAGUAUUUCAUAGGCACUGAGCAAAUAUGGAUUUUUUUCUGGUCAUCUAAUCUAACAUAUUAUGCAAUUAGUUUUAGGUUGUCAGAACUGCUAAAACCUUAUUGUAUCAAUUCAUGCUCCCAUCAAGGCAAGGCAUGUAUGUUACACUGUUAGGGAAAAAGUAUCCUGAACACACUGCUAGCAUUGAUGAUGAUUUGUUUGUACUUCAGCACUGUCAUAAGCUGAAAACAGUCACUUUAAGUGUACACAUUUUCAUUUUAUAAUGUUUUGUUGGUAGCAGGGUGGGGUACUGUAUGGUAUUCUAGGUAGCAGGGUGGGGUACUGUAUGGUAUUCUAGGUCUGUGGAAGCACUUGAUAACUGUUUACUUUAUGGGAAGCUUUAUGAAACUAGACUUGUAAGUAUAGGGUAGUAAAUUAAUAUUGCAUUUCUUGAACAGGAGUUGAAACAGGUCUUGGCAAUCCUGUCACUAUAUGGAAAAUAAUUCUUGUACACAGCUUAGGACACAGUCAUGUUCUGUAGAUUGUUUUGCUGUUUGUUUCUUCCUGACUUGUCACAAGAAAUUUAAUUAUUUUUGUGACUUGCAGUCUCACUGAUUUCCUGUCACCAGGGGGUCCUCAUAUAGUGUAAUCUGGUUGUCUCUGAAGUUUGGCCUGUGCACGUGUUCAUUUUUUUAAUGCUUUACACCAGGGAUAUGUCCCUAUAGUAUGAACAGACACCAGCACGUUUGAGGGGUAUGCAGACAUUCUUAAAACCAUCAGAGGAUUGCUGUUUCUCUGGAAUCUAGAGAGUUCACUUUCUUUGGCUAACAGCACUGCCAAGUAACAUUGCUGCUGUAGCCUGCAACCCCAGAUAUAAGAGAAGACAGACCUCUUGCUGUUUGAUCUGGUUUCCAGUAUGUGCAGCUGAAUCAAGUUUGAAUAUUUUCAUGUACUACCAGUUGCUAUAUUGCAUUUGUAUUGAAACCAGGUUUAGGCUCUUAUCAGAUUGAUCUCGUCCUCUUGAACUGCUCAGAGUGGUGGCCCUUUCUUUUGUGCAGCCAUCAAGUUUUAUCAGCAGUCAUUUCUUGUGCAGCAGAGCAUUAUGGGUAAGCAGUAUAGUAUUAAAGGAUGAUGACCAUUGAUCAAAUGAAAUCUUACCUUGUAUCCAUCUCACUGGUAGAAAAUGAAGGUGAGAGUACAGGCGGUUUAUUAUGAACCAAAUCAAAUGGUGAUUUUUCAGUAUUUUUGUACAAGUAAAAUCACAAAAGUAAAAUGAAUAACUGGGUGCUCUUAAAUUACAUAUGCCUUUUUUUCAGUUGACAGCCAUAAAGGCUUGGUUUAUUUUUAAUAUGCGAAUGAAUAAAUUGAGUAGCUGUUUAAAAACUGUUCAGAGUGGUGGUUGAUGCAUCUGUAUAUCUGCUUAAAUAAUACAUAGGAAAUAUUUGUGAAACAGUUGUACUGGGAAAUUUCAUGUUUAUCUGCGUUUAGAACACAUGACUAAAAAUUGUAUUUAAGAAGUAAACUGUUAAAACUGGUUAGGUGUGUGUUAUAAUUACAUAGCAAAAACUUUGUUCUGAAAAAUAGCAUUUAUUACAGGUAAAUCUGGCUGGCCCCAUAACAUUAAAUUGAAAUAAAUUUUUGAAUAAAUUAUUAAA